AUGGCUCGCCCGCCGGGGGAGGCCUCGCCCCCGCCGCCCGCCGGCGCGGGCCGCAGCGGCGCGGCCGUCGUGCCCUGCGGGCCGCCCGCCGAGGACGAUGGCGGCGGGGGGAAGACGCCGCCGCCGCCCGCUGGCCCUGCCGUGCCGCUCGGCGCGGCCGCCGCCGCCGAGCAGGGCAUGCUGGCCAGCCGCGCGGUGCCCUCGUGCCACGAGGUGCCGCUCCCGGGCGCUCCAUGGCUGGGGCCGCGGGUGCCACGAGGGCCACCCGCCAGACCGCUGGCCCCGCAGGGGUGGGGGGCCGAGGCCGCAGCGGAGGCGGGCCCCUCGCAGGCCGGCGCCCGGAGUGGGCGCACGCGCCUCAGCCCCAAGGCCCACGUCUACGUCCCCGCGGUCGCCCCUCGGGCCGCGGCGGUCACGUGCACUCACUCCGGCAAGCAGGCCGAGGAGCUGUGGGCGCACAAGGGGGCACCCACCACGGUGAUGAUGCGCAACGUCCCCUACAUGUACACGCGGCAGAUGCUGAUCGAGCUGCUGAACCGUCGUGGGUUCGCGGGUCGGUUCGACUUUCUGUACCUUCCAGCCGAUUUCGUGACCAAGUGCAACCUCGGUUACUCGUUUGUGAACCUGAUACAUCCUGAUGAUGCCAUUCGGUUCGUGGAGGUCUUCGAUGGCUUCAAGGAGUGGGACUGCGGCACGAACCGCCACAAAUCUUGUGUCGUCGAUUGGGGCGCCAUACAAGGAUUUCGUGCGAAUGUCGGUCGCUUCAAGUCGAAGAAGAUCAUACGUCUUGACAUCCCCGAGGAAUACAAGCCAGUUCUGUUCUGGAAAGGCAUCCAGAUCCCGUUCGAGUCUUUCAUUAGGACAUCUCCGUGUCAGCAGGUCGAGCCAGCAUAG